ACUGGAACACGGUGAAUGGGUCCCCGCCGGCUUCUGCCACCCUCUUGCCCCAGACGGAGAACCCGGCGCCAAUGAGGGGACCGAGGAGGAACCCGCAGGAGAAGGCAAUGCCUAUCACUGCCUGGGGAGGGGAGUUGAUGAUUCACUGCAGAAUGGACAAUCGGCAAAAGGCGUCACAUCGACCACCACUGCCGUGCUGAUCCCAAUGUUUCCCUUGGAGAAGCCAGCCACGAUUCUGGCCAGGACAAACAGGGGGAAACUGCGAGAGACGGCCCACAACGCAUAGCUCAUUGAAAUUCCCACCUGUGUAUAGACAAAAUAAAGAGAUAGAGAGGGCGAGAGAGUGAAGAAGAGCAAGUGAUUAGGGUGAAGUGAGAG